GUCUGGGAUCCCUGAGUCCUACUCAGCCCAAGCGGAGACCGAGGAGGAGGUUCCCCAGGAGCCGGCUGCAAGAUGAAGGUUCUGUGGGCUGCGCUGGUGGUCGCGCUCCUGGCAGGAUGCUGGGCCGAUGUGGAGCCGGAGUCGCCGCUGGAGGAGAACCUGGAGCCCGAGCUGGAGCCCAAGCGGGAGCUGGAGCAGGAGGUGGAGCCCGAGGCCGGGUGGCAGGCUGGCCAGCCCUGGGAGGUGGCGCUGGCCCGCUUCUGGGAUUACCUGCGCUGGGUGCAGACGCUGUCUGACCAGGUGCAGGAGGAGGUGCUCAGCAACCAGGUCACCCAGGAACUGACGACGCUGAUGGAGGAGACCAUGAAGGAGAUCAAGGCCUACGGGGCGGAGCUGGAGGAGCAGCUGGGCCCCAUGGCCUCGGAGACGCAGGCCCGCGUGGCCAAGGAGCUGCAGGCGGCGCAGGCCCGGCUGCGCUCGGACAUGGAGGACGUGCGCACCCGCCUGUCGCAGUACCGCGGCGAGGUGCAGGCCAUGCUGGGCCAGAGCACCGAGGAGCUGAGGGCGCGCUUCGCCUCGCACAUGCGCAAGCUGCGCAAGCGGGUGCUGCGGGACGCCGAGGACCUGCAGAAGCGCCUGGCCGUGUAUCGGGCCGGGGUGCGCGAGGGCGCCGAGCGCAGCGUGAGCACCAUCCGCGAGCGCCUCUGGCCGCUGCUGGAGCAGGCCCGCACGCGCCACGCCAAGGUGGACGCCCUGGCCACCCAGCCGCUGCGCGAGCGCGUCAACGCCCUGGGCCAGCAGCUGCGCGGGCGGCUGGAGGAGGUGGGCAGCCGCGCCCGCAGCCACCUGGACGAGGUGCGCGAGCAGAUGGAGGAGGUGCAGGCCAAGAUGGAGGAGCAGGCCAACCAGAUGCGCCAGCAGGCCGAGGCCUUCCAGGCCCGCCUCAAGGGCUGGUUCGAGCCCCUGGUGGAAGACAUGCAGCGCCAGUGGGCCGUGCUGGUGGAGAAGGUGCAGGCGGCCGUGGGCACCAGCCCCACCACCCCACCCGUGGAGACCAAAUGAGUACCCCGCGCGCGCCGCCUGGUGGGCCCCGCCCCUCCCCGUGCCCCCUGCCUCCCCACCCCCCCCACCCCAGCCUCCAGGAGGCGCUGUCCGGGCCCCAACCGGCCUCCUGGAGGGCCCUAGCUUAAUAAAGAUUCACCAAGCUCCACAGCA